GCUCGCCAGAAAGAGGUUGAGAGACCGCCGCUCCGAGGAAGGAGGCGGGGAACCCAGAAGGAGGAGGAGGAAGAGGGAGGAGGAGGGACCGCCCGAGCCCGGCUUUCUUGGAUGCUCUCCUUUCGGAGCCUGGACAGGAUUUUACAAGGCGGCCAGUCCCGAAGGGUCCCGACGCCCACCCAGAGAUAAGGGCAAAGACAGAGAGGGAGAGGCGGGAAAAAAAGAGAGGCGCUGCUCUUCGCCCCGAAAGCGCCGCCCUCCGCCCCUCGCUUCAGCGCCGUUGGGAUUGCUUGGGAAGAGCCCACCGAGGGGUUUGCCUGAGAGGAGCAUGGCAUCGACCGACGGUGCCAACAACAUGCCAAAGCAGGUAGAAGUGCGGAUGCAUGAAAGCCACCUGAGUCCGGUGGAGCCUCGGCCAAAGCAUCUAUGCGUACGGCUCUUCCAACCUCUCAGAAAAAACAUGCUCCUUUCACUGACUGUUUUUGGAGUCAUUAUGGGUGCAGUAUGUGGUUCUCUCCUUCGCAUGGCAACACCUAUUAAUCCUGAUAUCAUCAUGUUGAUAGCCUUCCCAGGAGAUAUCCUGAUGCGGAUGCUGAAAAUGUUGAUUCUCCCUUUAAUUAUCUCAAGUUUAAUCACAGGUUUGUCUGGCUUGGAUGCCAAAGCUAGUGGCCGAUUAGGUACAAGAGCUAUGGUGUACUAUAUGUCCACGACUAUCAUUGCUGCUGUAUUGGGAGUUAUUCUGGUCUUAGCCAUUCAUCCAGGCAAUCCAAAGCUGAAGAAGCAGCUUGGAGAAGGAAAGAAGAAUGAUGAAGUAUCUAGUCUGGAUGCUUUCUUGGAUCUUAUCAGAAACCUGUUCCCUGAAAAUCUUGUUCAAGCAUGCUUUCAGCAGAUCCAAACAGUUACCAAGAAAGUGAUCGUCCCUCAAGAGAUCGAAGAGCCAGACAAUGUCACAGACUCUAUCUUUGCAAUGUUGAAUGAAACAGAAGUGACUCCAGAACCGCAGAUGGUAAUUAAGAAGGGCCUUGAGUUUAAAGAUGGAAUGAACGUCUUAGGUCUCAUUGGGUUUUUCAUUGCUUUUGGUAUUGCAAUGGGUAAAAUGGGAGAACAAGCCAAGAUGAUGGUAGAUUUCUUCAAUAUCUUGAAUGAGAUUGUAAUGAAGCUAGUAAUCAUGAUCAUGUGGUAUUCUCCAUUGGGUAUUGCCUGUCUCAUUUGUGGAAAAAUCAUUGCAAUCAAGGACUUAGAAGUAGUUGCUAGGCAACUGGGCAUGUACAUGGUGACUGUCAUCAUAGGCCUUCUCAUCCAUGGAGGGAUCUUCUUGCCUUCGUUGUACUUUAUAAUAACAAGGAAAAACCCCUUCUCAUUCUUUGCUGGCAUCUUCCAAGCAUGGAUUACCGCUUUAGGCACUGCUUCAAGUGCGGGCACAUUGCCAGUAACCUUUCGCUGCCUUGAAGAAAAUUUGGGCAUUGACAAGCGUGUGACAAGAUUUGUCUUACCUGUUGGAGCCACUAUUAAUAUGGAUGGGACUGCCCUUUAUGAAGCUGUAGCAGCCAUCUUCAUAGCACAAAUGAAUGGAAUUCAGCUGGAUGGUGGACAGAUAGUCACUGUCAGUCUAACAGCUACCCUUGCCAGUGUCGGAGCUGCAAGUAUACCCAGCGCAGGACUAGUGACCAUGCUUCUCAUCCUCACAGCAGUUGGUCUUCCAACCCAGGACAUCAGCUUGCUUGUUGCUGUAGACUGGCUCUUAGACAGAAUGAGAACGUCUGUUAAUGUAGUGGGAGAUUCCUUUGGAGCUGGCAUUGUGUAUCACCUCUCCAAGGCAGAGUUGGAAAACAUUGAUGCCCAUCACAAAGGACAUGAAGAUAUUGAAAUGACAAAGACUCAGUCAAUUUAUGAUGACCUGAAAAACCAUAGGGAGAACAACUCAAACCAAUGUGUUUAUACAGCGCACAACUCUGUCAUAAUAGAUGAGUGCAAGGUAACCUUGGCAACUAAUGGCAAAUCUGCAGACUUCAGUGCUCCUGAAGAAGAACCUUGGAAACAGGAGAAAUAAAGGAAGAACAAUACAGCUCUGUCUUUAAUAAGCCCCAGACGUUAUCUUAUGGUAAAUGCUGGUAUCAAGAUCCAAGAAAAUUCCCAACUGUUUCCAUUUAGGAUAAAACCAAUUGCUUUCUUCUGUUAACUGCAACUUAGAAAUAUUCUCAUAAAGUCAGUAUUUGUUUAGCAUCCUAGCCAAAUAUAUCAUAACCAUCUAUCUCACUUGUGUUACCCUUUGAAUGGAUGUGACUGGAAGGCAGUCAGCUGGUUCAAGAGACAUGUUUUGUUGGCUUCCUCUUUUCACUCCAGACAUAGAGAAUGUAGAUUCUGCAAAGGGGAAAGCUCACAGUGCCAUAAUAUUGAUGGCUUGCUUCAGGGAUUCAAGCUAAGUAAUAAGCAUUAAGUAUUGUGUAAAAACCAUGCAGUGUUUGCAUUGUCUCUUCUCAUGCUGAAUAUACCCAACCAGCACUUUGGUACGUUUUGAAUACGGUUAGCACUACAGACAAUAAUAUACUGUAUGCUCACUGUAAAAGUUUUACAUGCGCUUUAUUAAUCCUUGACAUAUGCACCUCUUGCUUCCCUGUUCAAGUUAACUUCAGCCUGACAAUCUCACUUCCCAAUGUAAAUUGUAUUGACUUGCAAUACAGAGCCUCGUACAUUCGAGUUUUAUAUAGGCACACAGAGAUAAUUUUUCCCUUAAAAGCUCCCAAUUUGACCACACUUCUGUGAACCAUAGACCUUUUAAAAUGAAAAAAUAUCCAUAGUCCUUUUAAAAAUGCCAAAACAUGAAAAAAGCAGUUACCAUUUUGGACAAUGUGCUUCUUUUCACACAGCUGUCUGAAAUUAAUGAACACCCUGGGUAGCAUAUUAAACCAGUGUGAAUUUAUUGGGUCCAUAGCUCUUAGUCCUGGUGAUUGCCAUGGAAUUUCAUGUGAACUGAGAAGAUAAACAAUGCCAUGUGAUUAUCACAGAUUAUAAUCCAUUCUAGGAAGCAUGCUCUCCAUAUCAGUAGAGCUGCACAACAAUUGGCACAAUUCUAAUUUUGCACAAAAGGAAAAACCAGGCAUAUAUUUGUCUGCAUUCAGCAGCAGCAAGACCGUACAGAAAUGUGUUUGUUACCAAUAUUGUUGAUACCUGUGCAACUAGUACAGUAGAACAGCCCUCAGCUCUCAGUAAAUAUAUUUCUUGAGACCUGAGGACGGAUAAGGUGCUAUAUUUUAAGGAUAAGCCGUUUAUCAGGAAGAUGCAACCUUCCUUUUUUAAAUAAGAAAUUUGUAUGUUUAGCAAAUGUAAUAUUAUUUAAUUUUGAGUAGAUAAUUUAUUUAAAAGUACUAGAUAUAUUUUUUCAAACUUUCAACAAAUGACUGUAGGCCUAUAACACACAUUUGGAAUUACAAAAUACUUUUAAUUAACUGCCGUUUUACUCAUACUGGAAUCUUUUUCAGAAAACCCAUCACAAAAUAUCUCCAUUUAUCUGAAGAUUUAUUUCUCAUUAGUAGGUCUUUUACAGAUACAUCUAGCUUGCAAAAUGAUAGAAAGUAUUAUUUUUGCCAGUAUUUGAAUGGUAUACAUUGUCCCCAGCAAAGCCAUGCUUAUCCCUUUCUGUUUCACUGCAAGUCUGCAGUGAAACCAGCCAUUUUAGAUAUUGCUCCUGUAUAGGGAUGGCAAUAAAUUUAAUUUCCACUUUUUAAAAAUAAGUCUUUACCAAAAUGAAGACAUUUUUUAAUGUCUGGGCUGAAAAGAAAUUUUGAGUUUUCAAAAAUUGGAACAAAGGAUAUAGAUUCUUCUAUUUAGUCAUUGGGUUUUGAUUGCUUAACUCUUCAAAGUCUGGGUUUAAUUCCCCCGAAUUUAGCAUAUUAGUGUCAAAUGAAGGUUGCUACUUUUUUCAAGAGACUUCUGAAAAGCAAGCAAGUCUAACAUGUCCCUAUUUAGGCUAGAAACCAAUUGAAUUUUGCUACUCUAAAGGAUGACAAUUUUUGUUCCUCUGUAUUUUGAGGUGAAUUUAUUAAAAUUCAUAAAUAUUAGAAAGGAGAGAAUGAGAAAUUUGAACAUUAGAGAAAGUCAAACUGAGAGGUUUCACCUUCCCUUGCAUGGGAAGAUGUCUAAUUCAAUGUAGUGAAAAGGCGUGGGAUAUAUAAGAGAGAUAUAUUCAAACAUCUCUUUUCCAGACUACUCCAACAGAUAGCUUGAGUACACAGUAAGAAGGAAAUGAGAAACAGAACUCAGUUGCUUCCUGGACUAUCUUGUCUUGUCUUGUGGGAAAGGAACAUGAUUUUCCUAUCUGGCUCACUUUUGGUGGAUAACUGACAUUAUGUUAGAGUUUAACCAUCUAGCUCUGCUUUUCACCCAUUCAUUCUAGCUUCCUAGAAAUGAAAAACCAGGUGAUUGCAUAAUAUUUGCUACUUCAUUUCCUCAACAUUUCAUCAAAUGAACAAAGAAAGUUGAGAAAUGGAAGCUGCUGAACCAGCAACCUGACUACCAUGCUGUGUUUGCACUUUGAGAAGCAUUAAUUUAAAAUUAUACUUUGUUUGUUCCAAAUUAUUCUUCCAGCUAGGAAAUUAAUUCUCCCACUGAACCAGGAAGAUGUUUUAAAUAUAUACAUGUGGGAUUAGACUCCAUGAAUCAGAACAAACUGAUUGCAGAAUAUUUGGAGAAUACGUUUGUAUGUUCCAUAACUCAGGGAAUUUCAUUCCAAUGAUAUUUCUCUUCUUAAAAUAUAAAAACGGAGAGGAGAGCACCAAUUCUGCUGCAAUCUUGCACAUAUUUGUUAGAUAAUUUUGUCUACUAUUUAACUUUGUCAUGAUGGCUUUUCAACUUGACAAUUCAAAACUCUUUCCAUUGUGGAAAACUGAUAAUACUUAAAUAUUAUCUCAGAAUUUACUUAUCUAGGUUGCUGAACUAUAGUAAUGCAAUACAAUGCAGAUGGGUUUGGGAGCUGGAACAUUUGCCAUUUGGUUGGACAACAUUUUUCAUGUGAAACUGCCAGGCACGCAUACUAAUUAUACUAAUUAUUAUACUAAUUAUGAACUUCUUCCAACCUGAGAUGUCCCAAUGCUCCAUAUUUAAUUUCUCUCUUAUUAGGCAUUUACCAAGAAGAACAUAAAACCAGCUGUAAUUAUCUCCACAACCUAAUUUCCCAUGUGCCAUCAUUUACUUCCUUCCUGCUAUCAAGAGAAUCAGCAGGAAAAAUUAUCACAUGUAGGAAGUAAUACUGAAGACAGUAAAAUUUUAGCACCAGUUCAAGCUUUGUUCCAGUGAAAAGAUAUGCUUGUUCUAGUGCUCCCCCAAAUUCAUAUACCUUCAUUUCUGUCUCAUUCACUCCCUUGCAAUAAAUGCUAUAAGAGCAAGUAAGAAGAUGCUUCCAAUGGAUCCCACCCUCUUGUCUGCUGUACCAGUGCAUCAGCACUUUGGACACAAGAAUGUCUCCAUCCAAGUCCAGAUUGUUAAACUGAAUAAUGAAAAUGUCCUCUUUUUUAAAAACUUGAUUUUAAAAAGAAUUUGAGCACUUCUGUGAUUGUGGAGUUCUGGUAUGAGAGAGGGUCAAAAGGAGGUGAGGCAGGAGAAGCUGGAGGUGAAUAGUAUCUCAGUCCCUCCUGGUUUCCUGUAAGGUCUUAGAGUGAGUGAAAGAUAACACUUUUCCUUGAGCUGGGAAGGUUUAUUUAUUUCACAUUGGAAUCGGUAGGAUACUGUUAAAGAAGGAAAAAGAAAACAGAAAAAGUGUGGGGAGGUAAUUGUUUCUUGUCUUGUGCCCUGCUGACACAAGAUUAGCACGACACAGAAAAAGUAACUCUUAUCCUUUUCUGACCAUAGGAGUCCUGACUAUAGAUUCCAGUGUUACCUAACUUAUCUCCCUCCACUCCAGCUUUAAUAUUGCAUCUCACUUGUGGUUAUUUUCUUAAAAUAAAAGCACACACAAGAACAAAAAGCAGGUGUAGCUAUCCUUGGAGCUCCUGUGAAUGUUAAGAUUUCUUUUCCGCUUUUGAAUGAAGCAAACUGGUUAAUUCAUUCAAAGCUGAAAUAUUGUUGGAAGAAGAACUUAAUGACCUCCCUCCCCUACCCACAUCCCCAUAUAAUGUUAAUAGGAUCAGGGUUACUACUAUAUCAUUAAACUUGAUCUAUACUGUGAAUCUUCCUCAUUAAUAUUCCAUUCUAGAAUAUUUCACUAAGAUAUUUUUAAAAAUACAUACACAUAUAUAAUUGUAUUUCUUGAAAACCAAUUUUCUUGAAAACUAUUUUAUCCCAAUUAGUGCUGUAGAUUCCAGCAAUUCUUUUUAAAUAUUUCUUUCAAGCCUUUUAAAACUUUCUUAGGUGUAUUACAACAAAAACAUCCUUUCUCCCUGCCUUGCUACCUGCUUACUCUCCUUCCUUCCUAGUGUGAACUGUAAUUUAUGAAAUGCAUGAGAUUUAUUUCUGCUUCUCAAUAUAUUUUCAAUACUGAUACUGCCACUUAUUCUUACUAUGUUUAUAAAAUACCUUUGUCCAGCAGCUGCAAACUACUGUGUAAACUGAAUUAACUUACAUAGUAUCUGUAAUUUACAGACAUACAGAUAUUUUCUUAUACUAUUUACAGACAUGCAGAUAUUUUCUUAUGCAACCAUAUAAGACAGAGAGAAAAGCCUACAAACUCUACAGGGAAUCCAUGUUAAAGGAAAAGAGGAAGAUUUUAUUAUAACAUAUAUAAAUAAUAUUAAAAAUGACCUGUAUUAUGUUAAAUUAAUGUAACCUUAUCAAUUUUAUUUAUAACCUCUCAGUGAAGCACAAAUAGGAAUUAAAGAUGUCUUAAAACGCUGCAGUUCAUUACUGAAUACGAUAUCAUAUAGACUGAUCAGAUGAACACAUAGCUGAUCUAUUAUUUUUGAUACUUACAGUGCAUGUCUAUGAAUAUUUACUCUAAAGUAAGUUCCACUGCAUACAGUGGUAUUUCCUUUCUAGUAAAUUUGUUCAGAAUUGCAGCCUUAACCUGGUUGUCUUUCAACCAGGAAAUACAAAUGGCAACAUACAAACAUUCUGAUCCAUCUGUCUAUUUUGCUCUGUAAUUUUUACUACUUGCAUAUUCCAUUGUUUUCAAUUGAAUUUUCCAAGGCAGUGGUCUUAUGUAGUGAUCAGGUGCAACUAAAGAUAGCACAGAAUUUGUAUCAAUCACAUCAUUGUGGUUUGAAUGCGAACCACAAUGUAGCCAGAACUGGACAUUUGAAUUUGUUAUGUGCACAGAUCCUUUUUUGCUGGAUCAGAGUAGAAGAGUUCUUGGACCAAGCCUGCAGUACCUUUGCCGUUCGCUUUGAAAUGCAUUUUGGCUGCUUAAGAAAGGAUGCAAUGGACACCUGAUUUUUUAAAAAAAAAAAUCCACAGGCUGACACUCUGUAUUGCAGCAAAAAGUUCACAAGGUAGUCAGAAAACUGUAACUAAUCCAUAUUAAGUAAGAUUGUGUGGGCAUAAUGGUGGCACUAUUGCCAUGGUUAUAAGUACCCUCCCAAAGCACCUUAAUAGCCAGAAAUCAGAUUGAAUGAAGAUUUGUUCAGCCAUUCAUUGUUGCAGUUUUGGUUGUUGGUGGUGAUAGGAUUGGAAAUGCCAUUCCCACUUAGCAUCGUUUUUGCUCAGCUUGGCUACUGGCUCUUAAGCUAGUCUGUGAGGGAGAUCAAGUUAGGAGAUAAUAGUUAUAUUUUCCUAACUAGCCAAUGCACAUUACCAGUGUUAAUUUGUAUGAUAAAUCUUUUAAAGAGAAAUGUGUUCAGCAGAUAGUUAUACAUUCACUGGAUCUUCUUUUGAUUAGACACAUGCAUUUACUUUUUGAUGCAGCCAACUAUCUUUGGGUUGAAAAAUAAGGUGUAAAUGCCCAAUGAAAUAUAAUCGAAGGAAAAAUGAAAUGUUAUCAAAAUUGAUAGUGCAAGGAACUGCAGAUUGUUUCCACAUUUUGCCUUUUUACAAAAGGACCAAAUGAUAUACUUAAGGGACCAAGUCAAUUGACCAGCACCUAAAAAUACCUCCUAUUUCUCCUAUUUUAAAUCAUUUAUAACAAAUUGAGCAGUAUAUUUUUUCACAUGGGUGAGAUUUGUUUUCCUUUCUUUAUUAGCCAUUAAUUGCAAUAUACUGUACUCCUCUUACUUAAGCAUACUGAAUGAGUAAACAGAGGUUCUUAGAGCCCAAAUGGUUUGGUUUAAAUUACAUUCAAUUUAAAUUUUAUGCUAAUUGCAUAGUAAGCAAUAGAGGAUAUGGUACAUCAAACCAUGAAACAAUCCACAAAACAGGUAUAUUUAACCAUUGAAACCUGUUGUACAUGCCUUGCGUUUGGGUGAGUAACUUGUACAGUAGAUACAGGAUGUAUGUUAAUGUAAUCUUAUUUUGUAAUCCUCUUAUAUCUCAAAGCAGAAUUUUCAUGUAUUCUCGUUAUUAAAACUGUACAUGGUCUAGUAGUCAGAUAAAAUACUAAGAAUAGCUGUCAGAGCAUGGAGCUCUUAUAAAUACCAGUUUUGAUGCGUUGUUUACCGCAUGAAGAACAGUGCCUCUCCGCACUUUGUGUAGAUAAUGUAGUUUAUCUUGAUGUAAUUUCAGUGAAAUUGUGUAUACAGUAUUAAUAAUUGUUACUUGAUUUGAAUUUAAUUUAACAUCAGUUGAGCUGGACUAGAGAGUUUAUAAUGUGUUUUGGAAAUAAUUGUUUUUGUUGGGUUGGCUGGGUUAGGCUGCUUUCUUGGUAUUUCUAUUCCCAAGCUGUUAACAGCACACUUUUCCUAGUCUGAUAACCAUUUUAUAUAUGUUAAUAAUAUAAAUGUGUUGAUGCAUGUUGUGUUUGGAUAUUUGUCAAAAUCAUUCCUCGCAGCCAACUCAUUGUAAAUAUGUUAGUCUUUGUUUUUCUAUAUCUAACCAGCAGCAUGAGUGUGGGUGUGAAUGUGGGUGUUAAGUGUGUAAACUCCAAGCACUUAGUGGAUGUGGCAGACUGUCUGGAUUUGCUGCACUGUGAAUGCAAUAUCGCCACUACAUUAAUGAAUUAAUGUAGUUAUAUCAUGAUAAUUAUUGAGUUGAUGAUAUUAAUGUAUUUCCCUCUGUAUACUUGAUAUGUUGGAAAUGUAGAAAUGUGAAAUUAGUAAGUUGCUGCAUCAGUUAGCCCACUGAUCACAAGGAAAACCAACCAUGCUGUACUCUUUGGAUGCCAUGUUUUUCUUUUGAAAUUGCAAUUCUAUCCUUUGCUUAGCAACAUGGAAUCCUCAGUCAUCUGACAACAUUUCAAGGUUCCUCUGGUGUUCCAUUGCUUUCACUUGCUCACUGACUGCUUUGAGAAAUUCAAAUUCAUAUCAGUUUGGGAAAAUAUAAAAUAUGGUGUUUUUCACAGAUUCUUUACACUGGAUAUGUUCACAUAAAAAACUCUUUUCUCAUAUUUUUCCAUAUUCAUAUUUUAGACUUAUAAUGAAGUCAGAUGUCUAAGAGAUAUAUAUGCAUACAUACAUACAGAAACACACACACUAGAAGAUCUCUUUGAGAGAAUGAAGUAAAAAAGAGAUAAAUGUAUCCAGUAAAUACUUGGUAAAAUGUAAGAAGAAGAAAAGAACCAAAUUUUCAUAAAUUAAUGAGUAGUUAUUUUUCAUGAGCUAAUCUGGACAAAAGAAUAAGAUUAUUUCACUUUAUAGUAAACAUAAAAUACUGUAUAAGGCUAUAUCUCAUAAAGCAAAGUGUAGUUGUAUGCUGAAUUUUCUUUCUAGAAAUACAUCAACAUUUUAGGGUUAUCUCUGGGAUAAAUUAUCCCAGAGAGAAACUAUUAGCUUUAAAAGUUAACUGCCAACUACCUUUUGUUCAGUUCUGUCAUUCCUAUUUUGAAUUGCCUCAGUCCAUUGCUGGGUGUAUAUUUAUUUCCAAAGACCAGAUGUGCAUAGUUCCCGCACAAUCAGGAAUGGAAAAGAGAAAUCCACAGAGAUCUAAGUUCUGCAGAUACAUGUCCUUUUCUUAUCCACCCAAGGGAAAAUGUACUCAUGGGCUCUGGAAUUGUGGUCCACUGUACAGAACUCUUCAUGUACAUAUGGCCAUGUCUAUUCUUUGUCUAACCUUGGGAAUCAUGUGAUGUCUUUGAGGCUAGAGCCACUCAUUAAGAAUUUGUUUCAAAAAAAAUAAACUUUUAUUGUGACUUUGAUUGAAAAUGUUCAUCAGGGGGCUGAAAUGAUGUCAUGUACAGUACCUGUACUACACUUUGUGUAAAGACUAAUGAAUGCAGAGACUAAAACUUUAUAUUAACUCUGAUUUCUUCCUUGUAUACUGUAGUAGGAAUGCCUCAUUUUAUUGAGCAUAUUUUUCAUAGGUGAAAUAUUCUUUAGCAAGUAUUUGCUUUUAAUAAUUUCUUACUGUGUGAACUGAUUUCUGUAACUUAUGUAUAAAACAAAACUGGACAUUCUUUAUAUAAAGGAAAUAAUAAGUGAAAACAAUAUUUCCCUAAGUGUUGUACUUUUUAUGUACAUAUCAUAAAUAAAUGUGAAUUCAUAAUUUUCAUGGUUAGAACCAG